GUGACUUCUUAACCUACUCGUUUAGAGGCUGAGAGGGCUGAAUACGUCAGCGACGCCAUGUCGGGAACCUUACGGAUAUAUGUACAAGGUUUUUAAGUGUGCAUGGAAGGUACGUCGGUACAGGGUAGGUUAAAAACCAACCUCAAAAGUCCACAUCAUGGACUCACCCAUUGUGGUCCAGCUCUUCCGCCAGCUAUUUCGACAUCCAGCCUGUCCGUCCAGGAGAAAUCUCGCUGCAUUAUCGUCUUGCCUCCACCAUGGCCGAAGAAUACAGCGGUGCGAGCAUCAGCAGAGGCGACACAUGGCCAGCCGGAGUACCGUCAGAGGGACCAAGAAAGGGUUGCCCGAGAAGGAGAGCCAUUGGCAACAAAGGACGGAGUUAUUCCCUGAGGAUAUGUCGGAGGAGUAUAAGACGUAUCCCACGGUGACGGCGAAUGACCUAAGAACACGAAGGGAACGCCCGCGGAAAGUUAAGAUGCUCAUGCGCGACUUCAUAGAGGACAGCUUAUACAACCCCCACUACGGCUACUUUUCCAAGCAAGUCGUGAUCUUUAGCCCCGGCGAGCCCUUCGACUUCAACUCUUUGCGCGACGAGCCCGCCUUCCACGAAGAGCUGGGACGGAGGUAUACAGAAUUCGAAGAUGCUCUAGAUAAAAGUGAGGGCCGCCCCGACGACACCCGCCAGCUCUGGCACACCCCCACCGAGCUGUUCCGCCCUUACUACGGCGAGGCCAUAGCCCGCUACCUCCUAUCCAACUACCUGAUGACGACGUAUCCCUACCACGACCUCAUCAUCUACGAGAUGGGCGCCGGCCGCGGCACCCUCAUGCUCAACAUCCUCGACUACAUCCGGGACAUCGAGCCCACCGUCUACGACCGCACCAAGUACAAGAUCAUCGAGAUCUCGCCGUCCUUAGCCGCCAUCCAAAACUCGCAACUCCUCGCCACAGCUGCUUCCCGCGGACACGCCAGAAAAGUCGAGAUCAUCAACAAAUCCAUUUUCGACUGGGACGCCCGUGUGCCGUCUCCCUGUUUUUUCUUAGCUAUGGAGGUCUUCGACAACUUCGCCCACGACGUCCUGCGCUACGACCUGCGUACCGAGGAACCGCUGCAGGGCACCGUGCUGAUCGAUGGCCACGGCGAUUUCUACGAGUUUUACGAGCCGGUUCUAGACCCCGUCGCAGCGCGCUUCCUACGCGUACGGCACGCCGCCACAGGAGGCCGAUACCGCGUCCCGUACCCCACGAAUCGCGGCGCCCGCUGGCUCAAGACGCAACUACCCCUUGCUCCCAACCUCAGCGACCCGGAGUACAUCCCCACACGCCUAAUGCAAUUCUUCGACAUUCUAGAGCGCGCAUUCCCCGCGCACCGGCUAGUAACAAGCGAUUUCCACACCCUACCCGACGCAGUACGCGGGCUCAACGCGCCGGUGGUACAGACGCGGUACCAGCGGCGCAUGGUUCCCGUGUCGACGCCGCUAGUGCACCAGGGGUAUUUCGACAUAUUAUUCCCGACGGAUUUCCACGUUAUGGAGGCCGUGUACCGCGCUUUGACGGGGAAGCUAACGCGGGUUAUGGGGCACGAGGCAUUUAUGCGGUCGUGGGCGUACGUGGAGGAUACUAGAACACGCAGCGGGGAGAAUCCGUUGUUAAGUUGGUAUCGGAAUGCUAGUGUUAUGGUCACGGUGUGAUACGCUGUCCUGGAUGCCUAGUUGAUAUGCCAGAUGUCCCAUAUCACGAGAAUAGGAGCAUCGCGAUAUAGUGCGUUGAACAAGUCAUGUUAGUUCAUGACUCGUGACAUAGCAUAGCGUGGCACGUACGUGUAUAUAUGCCACAUAUCCGAUAGCUGGCUGAAUCAACCAUGCCACUUGAAAGGUUUACGUUAGACGAUGACGGCUUCGUUAAAUAUCACAACCCGAUCAAGUAGCAUCAUAUGUUACUAACUCCAUGAAUAACUUUAUACUAGCUUAAGGUAUAACGUCUUCUAUGUUUGUACA